GCUACGGGUCAGAUCAAAGUCGGACUUGUAGUCCCCGUGACUCGCGAUUGAAGCCGUCCCGUGUCCUCCUCGAGCACCUGAAUUGAAGCAGAACAGGAUAAAUAAAAAAGGAGGAGGUGCGAGAAAGAAAAAGAGAGAGGUCACAACGUUACGUGAUGUUGAAGAGAGUCUGGAAGGCUUGCCUGGUGGACGCCGCGCCGCCUUCGAUGGCUUCAACUCCUUUGUUGAAUGAAAAUUUCCUCAGGCUGGUGAUCGUCGGUUAUCGCCCCGUUCAGCUCUCGAUUUGAUUCUGUAGGAAUGGCUCUGCGCAAAAGAAUUCAUUCCCUGGCACCACGGGCAGCUAAGUUAUGGGUUUCUUCUCUCAGAAACGCCGAAACAUCGAUUCCCCACUUCAAUCCAGCGCCUCUCAAGGGGAAUUCACUUCCCCUGAAGAAUUUCUUAGGUGGCCCUUCCUUGUCGUCCAUUCUUUCGCAGGAAUCCAGGGCUCCUCGAAGCAAAUUAGGCGCCAUUAGCCCUAGGCGCGGAUUAUUAUAUGACGGAGGGAGUCGAUCUUACUACGUAGAUAGGUACCAAGUGCGCCAUUUUAGGCAAAGGGGCCCCCGAAGAUGGUUUGAAAACCCUCGGGCAGUUUUCUUGGUGGUGGUUGUCGGUGGUGGCGUUCUGAUCACCGUCUAUUUCGGCAAUUUGGAGACCGUCCCUUAUACUCAUCGCAGGCAUUUUGUCCUCAUGUCACGAUCAAUCGAGAGAAAAAUUGGUGAAAAUCAAUUUGAACAAUUGAAAGCUUCUUUAAAGAGAAAAAUCUUGCCCCCACUGCAUCCAGAUAGUAUAAGAGUGAGACUAAUAGCCAAGGAUAUAAUCAAUGCUCUACAACGUGGAAUUAGGCAUGAGCGAGUAUGGAGUGAUUUGAAAUAUUCUGCUGAACCGUUAGAGGUUACGGAUUCAGUGGGCAGUCAUACUCCCGUAAUUACCUUGAGUGGUGAGCAAGAGAAGUUGGAUAUUGGAUGGCACAAAGAGGAUGAGGUCCUUGAUGAUAGUUGGGUUCAACAAAAUCGAAAAAUGAGUAAGGCUCAAGGGUCUCUACCUGCGACCCAGCACUUGGAAGGGUUGAACUGGGAAGUGAUUGUGGUUGAUGAACCCGCUGUUAAUGCUUUCUGUCUUCCUGGUGGCAAAAUUGUUGUUUUCACUGGUUUGCUCAACCAUUUCAAAUCAGAUGCUGAGAUAGCAACGGUCAUAGGCCAUGAGGUUGGACAUGCCAUCGCACGGCACGCAGCUGAGGGGAUCACUAAGAACUUAUGGUUCGCAAUUAUUCAACUUAUUGUGCUCCAAUUUAUUUCUAUGCCUGACCUUGUCAAUGCUGUAUCAAAUCUACUUUUGCGGCUUCCAUUCUCAAGAGGGAUGGAAAUGGAAGCUGAUUACAUCGGACUCCUGUUGCUUGCUUCUGCUGGCUAUGAUCCCCGUGUGGCACCACGAGUAUAUGAGAAACUUGGCCAGCUUACGGGCGAAUCAGCGCUCAGAGAUUACCUCUCCACGCACCCAUCUGGACGGAAGAGGGAAGAACUACUGAGGCAAGCAAAAGUUAUGGAAGAAGCACUUGGUAUAUAUCGAGAAGCCAUUGCCGGACAUGGAGUUGAAGGAUUUCUGUAGUCUCUACCCUGUAAACCGCCGCUACCUAAAAUGGGAAUUUCAUUCUUCCAAUUCAAAUUUGAACAAUUUCCCGUCA